AUGAACAAUCUCACUACCUUCACUGAGUUCAUCCUCCUCGGGCUGUCUACCAAACCACAUGUCCAGGCCCUGCUCUUCAUUCUAUUCCUGGUGAUUUACCUCCUGACUUUGAUGGGGAACAUGGUAAUGAUCCUGGUGAUCAGAACUGAUUCUUGUCUCCACAACCCCAUGUACUUCUUCCUCGGACAUUUGUCUUUCCUAGACAUCUGCUAUUCAUCAGUCACUGUACCCAAGAUGCUACAGGACUUCCUGACUCAGAAGAAAACCAUCUCAGUGUGGGGCUGCAUCACCCAAAGCUUCUUUUUCAUUCUCUCUGGGGGAACAGAAGCCUGUCUGCUCUCUGCCAUGGCCUAUGACCGCUAUGCUGCCGUCUGCCAGCCUCUGCUCUACACCGUGGUCAUGAGCAGGCCCCUCUGUACUGCGAUGGUCAGUACAGCCUGGGUGAUGGGGUUUCUGAACUCACUCGUGAAUACUCUUUUCAUCUACAAGUUACAAUUCUGUGGGUCCAACAUCAUCUUCCAUUUCAGCUGUGAGCUGCCAUCACUAUUCCCUCUGUCCUGCACUGAUCCCACUGCCAACAAGUUCCUCCUGUCUGGAUCAAGUACAUUUCUGGGGCUGCUGACACUUUCCCUGAUCCUCUUCUCUUACUCCAAAAUCAUCUCUGCCAUACUGAGCAUGCAUUCCUCUGGGGGCCAAGGCAAAGCCUUCUCCACCUGCUCAUCCCACCUCACUGUGGUGCUCUUGUUCUAUGGGACGGCUCUUUUCAGGUACAUCAGGCCCCCCUCAGGAUCAGUCCUGGAGCAAGUGGUGUCCAUACAGUAUAGUGUGGUCACAUCCUUGCUGAACCCCUUCAUCUACAGCCUCAAGAACCAGGAGGUAAAGGCAGCUCUGCAGAGGAUGCUGAGGCAGCAAAUGUGCUCCUCCAAGCAGGGGUUCUCUGCAUGGUGUUCAACCAGAGAAUGA